AUGUCAGCCCUGCUAAGGUCCUGUGCUCACAGAAUCAGAUCUUUCGAUGGACUCAAACACAAGGCUUGGGAAUUAUGCAGCACAAGUUUGCUCGAGCGAUGCCGGUCCCUCCAUGUGGACAGCCGUCCUCACACACCCGCACUGAGCAGCAGCUAUGUGCACGGCACCUCCACCAUCCCUCUGCUCCCCCUGACCGUGGGCCAGAGUCUGGACUCCACCGUUCAGCGCUGGCCCGACCGUGAAGCUGUGGUCUUCCUGCAGGACGGCAUCCGGAAAACCUUUGCACAGUUUCAGCAAGAUGUUGACAAGGCGGCUGCAGGUCUGCUCGCUUUGGGCCUGGAACGAGGCGACAGACUGGGAAUUUGGGGACCCAACACGUACGAGUGGAUCCUCUUCCAGUUUGCCUCAGCCAAAACUGGAAUUAUAAUGGUUUCAUUGAACCCGGCCUAUCAGGUGAAGGAAGUGGAGUUUACUCUAACGAAGGUCCAGUGUAAAGCUGUGCUCUGCCCUACCAGCUUUAAAAGCCAACAUUUCUGUGAGAUGCUGAGGGAGCUCUGUCCAGAGAUUGACUCGUCGUCAGCAGGAAUGAUCAAAAGCUCCAGGGUGCCAGAGCUGCGUAUGGUGAUUGUGACGGACAGCAGACAGCCGGGGAUGCUCCACGUAGACGAUGUGAUGCAAGCAGGGGAGAGUCAGCACCACCAACAGCUGAUGGAGCUGCAGAGAAAGCUGUCCUUCGAUGAUCCCAUCAACAUCCAGUUCACAUCGGGGACUACAGGGAGUCCAAAGGGAGCCAGUCUUUCACACCACAAUAUUGUAAACAAUGCCUACUUUCUGGGACUCAGAAUAGGUUUUAGAGAAAAAUCUCAGGUGCGAGUUUGUGUGCCCGUACCUAUGUACCACUGCUUUGGCUCUGUGUUGGGAGGGAUGGCUAUGGCACUGCAUGGCAUCACACUGGUCUUCCCUUCCACUGCCUACAACAGCCGAGCCAACCUGGAGGCCAUUCAGAGUGAAAGGUGCAAAUAUGUGUACGGCACUCCCACAAUGUUCACCGACAUGCUAAGCCAACAGGAUUUACACAAGUACGAUUUGUCCUCACUUGAAGCUGGCGUCAUUGCUGGUUCUCCGUGCCCUCCUGAGAUUGUGAGAAGACUGAUAACAGAAAUGAACAUGAAAGACAUAACGAUAGGCUAUGGAACCACUGAGAACAGCCCCAUCACAUUCCUUGGAUUCCCACAAGACAAUGAGGACCUGAAGAUGAAUACUGUUGGAUGUAUCAUGAACCACACUGAGGCCAAAGUGAUCGACCCUUGUACCGGGGAGAUUGUCCCUCUGGGGGCCUCGGGGGAGCUGAUGGUCAGAGGCAGCUGUGUGAUGCAGGGAUACUGGGACGACCCUCAGAGAACCAGUGAAGCUAUCUCCCAGGACCGCUGGUACAGGACUGGUGACACAGCCAGUCUAAACAGUUUGGGAUACCUUCGCAUUGAAGGACGUAUGAAGGAUUUGAUCAUCCGAGGAGGGGAGAACAUCUAUCCUGCUGAGAUAGAGCAAUUUCUCUAUACACACUCGAAAGUAAAAGAGGUGCAGGUGGUUGGAGUGAGAGAUGAGAGGCUGGGUGAGCAGGUGUGUGCCUGCAUCAAGCUGAAGGAGGGCCACACCUCCAGUGCAGAGGAGAUUAGAGCGUUCUGCAAAGGCCAGAUAUCUCACUUCAAGAUCCCGCACUAUGUGAUGUUUGUAGACAGCUACCCUCUGACAGCCUCUGGAAAGAUCAAAAAGAACAUAUUAAAGGAGGAAAUGGAGAAGGAAUUAGGCCUUUAAUUGUGUGGCCCCUGGUGGACAGCUGAGGGAGUCAGACACUGAGCAGUGUUGAGUAAAGACUUUCUUUACCAACAGCUGGACUGGGACUAUAUCACUGAUCAGCUGUUGGCUCGCCACUCCCUGAAAUUCUUUUAUUUGUACAUCACACCUCAUUACCUCUGCAUGUUUAAUGUUAAUAAUAUACAUCAGCUUCAUGAUAUGUAUGUCCCCAAUGGGACAGGACAUGGAGUUGGCAAGACCCCCGGCAGGAGAGUAGUCGGCGGGACCUCCAACGG